AAAAUGGGUAAAUUCAAAUGAAAUAUAUUAGGUGAAGGUAAUCUCAGUUGGUAGCCAAUGCUUCUAGUGUGAAACUCUUUUAUUACAUUUUAUAAUAUAAAAAUUAGUAGUUUUAAUUUAUUACUUUUUGCAAUUGGAUUUUGUUUUAAUUAUAGUUUUUGACCGUUAAUACAAAAUGGACCAAGAUGUUAUAAGAUUGAUAUAUUUUAUAAUUUUUACUACAUUUUUAAACAAUUUAGGAUUAUGUUUACAACAUUCUAAAUAUACCAAAUAUGAUAUAAAAAAUGAGAAAGAUUGUCAUAUUGGAUCAAAUAAACAUAAUAAAGAUUUAGCAGUCUUAAUUAAUAUUACAUUUGAUCAUCAAUCAAAUGCUGAUACAUAUUGUAAAUUUGUUAUUAAAACUAACAAAGAAGAUGGUUUGUUUGGUGUGAUACAAAAAAUGACAUUCAGGCGUAAUAAGACACAGUGUUUAGAUUACGUACAGUUCAAAAGGAGCGACUUGCAAAAGACACCAAAAUUUUGUGGAAAUUAUGAUCGCAGCACAACUAAAUAUUAUCCAGUCCCUGAACAAGAAAAUAGUACUUAUGAAUUUGCAUCAUUUUUUUCUGGAAGCACUUAUGCAGAAUUUGAUACUAAAGGCAUGUUAGAAACUACGGUAUUUAUUUCCAAAGAGAAACACUCGCUUACAGAAGAAAUUCUUUCUCUCACCCUUGUUUAUACGCCAUAUAAAAGAUGCAAGGAAAAUUUAAAUACUAAUUAUACAAAAAUAAAGUUUGAAUCAUGUAUUUUGCAUAAUUACUUUUGCGAUGGAUAUCAAAAUUGCGUACCAAAUAUUUGUCAAGACGAAGUCAAUUGUACAACUAGUACUGAUGUCUUCACCCACAGCACUGGAACAAAAAUAACAAUGGGUGCUGUGACGACACUAGUUGUAUGUACAAUUAUUUUUGGUGUGUGCGUAUGGGCAUGUAAAAAAAAAGAUAUGAUCUUUUGGUCUUUGGAUUGUUCUGGUCCAAGUGCACGCUCAUCGGAUAGAUUAGCGAGAUCAGGUGUACAAGAGUCUGAAAGUACUAGUAACCGUCAAGUUCCAACAGCUCCAAUGUUAGAAGUUGUUGUACCACCUCCUGUCAUAGAUAAAGAUCUUCCACCUAGCUAUGAUUCCUUAUUUCCAGAACAGAAUAAUUCUACUGUGCAGCAAGUGUAAGUUAUUGAUGAUAAUCCUUUUUUGUAUCAAAUUUUUACAGUCUAUUACCUAAUGUUUUAAUUAGGUGAUGCUGUUUUUUUUAACUAUGUAUAUUUACAAGUAUAUAGGGAAAUAAAACCAGGAAUAAGUCUUGUAGAAUCAAAGGUUAAGUCUUAGGAUUAAAAUUAGUCAUAAAUAAUGGAGUACAAAUCUCUGCCUAAUUCGGUUCAUUUUUUUUUCUAUAUGAGUAUCAAAGUUCAUAACUUUAUAAUGCAUUUUUUUUUUUAUAACAAUCAACUUUUACAACAUAUUUCUGAUAUAGUGUAUACACAUGAUUGUAUUCAUAACUUUUAUUUUUUAUUAAGUAACAAGUAUGCUUUGUAUUUUAUUAAGAAGGUGCAUUUUUUAAACAGUUUCAAUUAUAGUGAUUAAUAAGAUAGUUAAUAUGAAAAUCAGUUUUAUACUUUAUAUUUUGAUAAGUUAUAGAAUUCAUAAAAUAUAAUAAAGUAUUAUUUCUUUUAAACAAUUUUGUAUAAAAAUCUUGAAACAUAUAAUCUUUAGAUAUGAUAAAACUUACAUUAAUUUAAAUAACUUAAGAAAAAACAUUUAUAUUGACAUCUGUAAUAUAUAAAUAAUUCUAAGAUAUUUUUUUACUUUUGAGCGAGCCAUGACAUUUGUCUCAAUAUUGUAUUAAUUAUUAUAUCAGUAUUUAAUACAAAUAUUACACCAUAAAUACAGUUUAUUUCAAUGUUAUCGUAUUAUUUUACAAUUAUUUAUUUUGCGAUCAACGAUUAAUAAAAGUAUUGAUAGAAUAAGCGUUACAAAAAUAUAAUCUGUAUCGGUAAUAUAGGCCUUAAUAUGCAAACGUGUAUAUGCGUAUGCGUGUAAACAAUUUGCAAUGUAUUUGUAUAAUGAAAUUUUGUAAAUAUAUAUCCUUAUAUA